AUGGCGGAGACAAGAAAGAAUAAUAAUAAUAAUAAAGAGGUUAUCCGAUUGGAGCGAGAAUCUGUCAUUCCAAUCCUCAAGCCUAAGCUCACCGUGCACCUGGCCAACCUCAUUGAGCAUACUUCUGAUCGAGCUGAAUUUCUGAAACUCUGCAAGAGAGUUGAGUACACAAUUCGAGCUUGGUAUCUUCUACAAUUUGAGGAUCUCAUGCAAUUGUACUCCCUCUUUGAUCCUGUGCAUGGGGCUCAGAAGUUGGAGCAGCAGAACUUAUCUCCGGACGAAGUUGACAUUCUUGAACAGAAUUUUUUGACGUACUUAUUUCAGUCAGGGCAAUAUCUUCUCAAUCUUCCCAUCUCAGUUGAUGAAUCUAAGCUUGAUAAGAAGCUUCUGAAGAGAUAUUUUGAGGAGCAUCCUCGUGAAAACCUUCCAGACUUUUCUGAUAAGUAUGUUAUCUUCCGACGUGGAAUUGGUAUUGAUAAGACAACUGAUUACUUUUUCCUGGAGAAAGUGGAUGUGAUCAUUGCACGUUUGUGGGCGUGGAUUUUGAGAAAGACCAGGUUAGAAAGGGUAUUGUCUAGUAGAUCAAGUUCACUGCAUAAAAAGGAUCCAAAAAAAGACGAUGAAAUCACUGCUGAGGCUGAACAAGAUGAACUAUAUGCUGAACGUGUUCGUCUUGAGAAAAUGGAUCUGAGUCUAAGCAAUCUGCUGAGCAAAAUCACUAUUCAAGAACCUACCUUUGAUAGGAUAAUUGUUGUUUACAGGCGAGCAAGUUCCCGAACAAAAGCUGAACGUGGGAUAUAUGUGAAGCAUUUCAAAAACAUCCCGAUGGCUGAUAUGGAAAUUGUCCUUCCAGAGAAAAAAAAUCCAAGUUUAACUCCUAUGGACUGGGUCAAAUUUCUUAUCUCUGCUGUAGUUGGACUGUUAGCUGUUAUAGGUUCGGUUGAAAAGCCUAAAGCUGAUAUCUGGGUCAUGUUUGCUGUUCUCUCCACAGUGAUUGGUUAUAUUGCUAAGACAUACUUCACGUUUCAACAGAACAUGGCUACAUAUCAGAACCUGAUCACCCAGUCAAUGUAUGACAAACAAUUAGAUAGUGGACGUGGCACUCUUCUUCACUUGUGUGAUGAUGUAAUUCAACAAGAAGUAAAGGAGGUGAUAAUUUCGUUCUUUAUAUUAAUGGAGCAGGGGAAGGCUACUAGAGAGGAUCUUGACCAUCGAUGUGAGGAUCUAAUACAGGAUGAGUUCGGUGAACAGUGCAACUUUGAUGUUGAUGAUGCUGUCUAUAAAUUAGAGAAAUUAGGCAUCGUUUCUCGGGAUUCAAUUGGAAGGUAUUUCUGCGUCGGUCUCAAGCGCGCAAAUGAGAUAAUUGGCACGACCACUGAAGAACUUGUCAUGAAAGCUGCACAGUUUUCUGGUGCCUCCUGA